AUGUCUCCGUAUUGGAUGAACAACUCCUGCAGCCCAUUCUUCGGGCCUCGGGGCUCUUGUACUUUAGGAAACCUUGCAUCAUAUGCCCUUGAUAUCAGUACUGCCAAAGAUGUCAUUGCAGGUGUUCAGUUUGCGCAGAGCAAUAAUAUACGGCUCACUAUCAAGAAUACCGGACAUGAUUACCUGGGAAGGUCGGCCGGAGCAGGCUCGCUAGGCUUAUGGAUGCGUAAUCUUGAUAAUAUUGACUUCUUCAACUACAGCAGCCCCUUUUACACUGGACCUGCAGUGCAUAUCGGUGCUGGCGUUGGCUAUGCUGACUUUUAUCCAGCGGCUAGCGCAGAAGGUUAUCAUGUCGGAGGGGGUUCAUGUUCAACAGUGGGAAUAACAGGCGGCUUUAGUCAAGGUGGCGGCCACGGACCUCUUGCUUCGCAGUAUGGACUGGGUGCAGAUCCGGUACUGGAAUGA